CUUUGGCGAGGGCCUCAUUGCCGCGGUCCUCGAUUUCUUUGUGGGGCUGGUCGUUGAUAUGGUCAUGGACGGCAUCAUUACUGGUUCUGCCGAUGGCGCCCUGGAGCUGGUCCUGCGCAGGGCAAAGGGCAUUAUUAAGAAGGGCGUGCGCAGCCACCAGCCGAGCCGCCCGGUCACCAUCCGCAACUGCUUCGUGACGAACACGCUUGGCCUCAUUUCCGCGCGCACCGUGAAGCUGCUGGAGUCGCGCGGCGGUGCUGACUUCGAGGUGCACAAGGUGGAGGCCUGGAAGGUGUGGGAGCGCAACUUUGCGUUUGUGGGCCGCCUGGUGUAGCGGGCGGUACGGCAGCAUGGCAUCGGCAGAGGGGAAGUGAGUGCUUUAAUUGCGCGGUAUGUGCUUUAUUUCCGCUGCCAACCGCCAGGUCGGGAAGCCCGUACAGCUAUCAAUUUAGGAGAAUGUCUGUGAGCCACAAUGCUUGUAUGCGGGAUUGGGUAGCUGUUGUGUGGUCAUGCUAGCAUGCACCAGAACAGUCCUCCCCUGCACCAGAACCUACCAUAGUAAUGCAUGCACACAUGGUGCGAUAGGGCGGCAGGGCAGGAAAACCCUGGCUACUUGCACGCAGGGGUGCUUGCACGUGUCCGUUAGCACAGUGUAUAUUAUUCAAGUCUGCUGUUUAGAUCGGCAUAUGCUGCGAAUGACUGGAACUGCGAACUGCGAACUGCUUGGUUGGUGUUGUGCAUGAGCAUGGCAUGUAGGUUGAUGGUGCCCGCCUAUUCCUGUAUCGCGUUGUGGCCGGCCUGUUACCAUACCGCCCAGUCGCUGGAUAGCCGUACAGAUAUAUACAUUGCAUUUUGGACCCCAGAAGUUGGUGGCGUGUCACCGGCCUGUGUCAACCAUGUAUGGUGGCGGCGGUGCGCGCGGCAAGGCGAGGGAAAUACGUGAGUAUGCCUGAAGAACUGUUUGGUCAACACCAUUAUGUGGGGAAGGCUCGGGUGUUCUUAUGUGAUGGGUGCUGGUGGCAGAGCCGCCCGAUGUUGGGGGCUUGUGUUUAUACACGCGCGCCAUGCGCUUCAGAAGUGUAGGUGCGCUUUGUACAACGGCGCGCUUACGUAUGGGCACUGGCACUGGCUUAGCUUUGACUUACAGUGGAGGGUCUUGCUGUUGCGCCAUCACAAUUCAUGAAGGACUUGGGAGACAUUGAAACUGUCGCAUGAAUCUUGUAAAGCCAGAGACGG